AGGGACUGGCUCUCUUCUCAAUGGAAAGAAACGCUGCCCUUGGGUUCCUGCUGCUUUUUCUGCAUGUGGGAUUCGCAGUCUCUGUGGAGCAAAUGAUUGCAACAGCGGACGGCAGUUCACGUGUGUUUUCAGAUCAAGAUUCUCUGCAAAGAAAUGGUGGACUUUAUGAUGGUGGUGUGAAGCCAAAAUUUAACGUAAAUCAAGUAGCAGUUACCCAGGUUGUCAGCUACAACUUGAGCAGGAAAGGACAGUGGGAAAGAGGAUCCUGGAGGCCGUUCACCCACAGCCAAUAUAGCCCUCUCAACGUCACAGUUAAUGGCAUCCCCUGCAUUCUCUUCUGGGCCAAGAGGAUCAUGAUAAAGUUUGAAAACCACACACAGCUGGAUUUGACAGAGAAGACGUUUGGUGUCCAUGCAACAGUGGAUGUUGGAGAUUCAAACUGCAGUGAAGACAAUGCAAUGCUUUCUCUGAAGUUUGGUGACAUUGGCAAUCUAAAGGGACUUGUUAUUAGAUUCUUAUUAACAACCAGUUAUUACCAGCUGUCUGUUCAGAACUGGUUCAGUUUACACAGGCUGCAGCUUCUUUACAACCACUCCAUACAAGCGACGUUUAAUGCAACCAGAAUAUAUGCACCGGCAAGUUACUCCUACCACUGUGAACAUGUGAGCAGCUUGCAGAGAUACGAUGCGCUCCUCAUACCCAGCUCUGCAAAUGAUCUUUCAAAGCUUUGGGAAGUCACUUUUACUGAUUUCCAGAUUCAAGGUUUUAACAUUCAAGAAGGACAUUUUGCCUACGCAAAAGACUGUGCGUCCUUUUUCUCUCCAGCAAUACUUAUGGGAUUGGUUAUGUCCCUGAUUCUGCUGCUGGUUCUUGCCUAUGCUCUUCAUAUGUUGAUCCACCUGAAAUCUCUUGACAGGCACUACGAAUGCAAAGCUUCUCCUGCCUAUUUUGCACAGAUGAAAGACAAUGACAUGGGGGAUGAGAAAGAGCCACUGAGAAGUGGUGGGAAUGAGCCCUAUGAACUUAGAAACCAACAGUUCUGUAAAAUCUAUAUUUAGCAGUAUGUGUCUGUCUGAGUGAAACAAGUGGUAUUUUCUUCUGCUGGCACUGUUGUAUGUAGUUUGUGCAGAUUUUUCACCAAAUGAUGAAGGGAAAAGUUGGUAACAGUCUGUUUAGCCGGUUAUUGUCUGUUAUUUAUUGAUAACCAUCUCAAAGAUGCCUUGGGAAACAAGGUGAGAGAAAAAAAAAUGCCAUUGCGACUAAGAGAUUUCACGUGAUGGGAGUUUAUUCCUGUAGUACCAAACCAAAAUGCAUAUCUUUUCAACCAGCUUACCAAGUCGUGAAGAACAAAUCAGU